GGGAAAAGAAGAUCAGAAGCAGCCUAGAUGAAGCACACAGUGUUUUAGCACAUCUCAUUUGAAUGUACUGUUAUUUAUUAUCGCUACAAACAAACAGUCUAGCAAAUAUGCCCAAACUAACGCUCAUCAGAUUGUGUUUCUGGCUUUGUCUGGCGCGAAUGGUGGUCUCCGGAGAUCUUUAUCAUCAAGUGGAAGGUGAUCUGGUGUUGAAGCCAGAGAAGUCCACAGUGACUGACCACAUCACAAGCAUCCUAUGGAAGCAUGGGAAGAACAAGGUGGCAGAGUGGUACAAGGAUUAUGGUCUGGACAUCUAUGGUACCUUCAUAAACUGUACAACCCUGGACCAGACUACUGGAGAGCUGAGAAUCAGUGGAUUGAUGAAAACAGACAGUGGAGUUUAUUCUGUGGAGUUCAACAGCAAACUGCUUGACAAGACAUAUACACUGUCUGUUAUCAAGGCAGUUCCCAAACCCACAAUCACUUCUUCCUGUAACGCCAACCAAACCUCCUGCACUCUGACCUGUGAAGGUGACACCACUGAUGCUGAACCCGUCACCUACAGCUGGAAAGAGGGAGAGGGGCCGUGGGUUGUUGGAGGAAAACUGCUGAUUGUUUCUAAAAGCCACACUGGCAAUUCAACCAACAGUUACAAGUACAUCUGCAAGCUGAACAACACUGUUAGUGGGGAAGUCAGUGAGCCAGGUGAAGAGGUGUUUGGUUCAGAGCCUUCCAACAGAGAUUUUGUUGGUGUUGUUGUCACUGCCAUUGUAGCAUCUGUUUUCAUUGUCAUAACAGGAAUGUUGGUGUGGAAGAAAAAGAAAGGGCGCGACGGUGAGCCUAAAAGGGGUUGCGGUACAGGGGCCGGCGGCGGACCGGCUGCGGCGGCGAUUGUGGAGGUGGCGGAGGCAGCGAUUGUGGAGGCGGCGGAGGCGGCGGCGACGGCGGAGGCGAAUGCGCAGGCGGCGAUUGUGGAGGCGGCGGAGGCGGCGGCGACGGCGGAGGCGGCGACGAUUGCUGCGGAGGCGGCGGCGAUUGCGGUGGAGGCGGCGAUGGUGGCGAUUGUGGAGGCGGCGAUGGCGGCGAUGGCGGCGGCGAUGGCAGCGAUUGCAGAAGCUGCGAUUGCGGAGGAGGUGGCAUUUGCGGAGGAGGCGGCGAUUGCGGCAGAGGCGGCGAUUGCGGCAAUUCCAAAAGAGGCGGAGGCCCGGGGGCCGACCUGA